GAGUAACAAAACAAGGAUAAGAAGUGUCAUGUAGUGUUUACUUUUCAAAUUUUAUCUAUUAUUUUAAGACGUACAAUUAAUAUUGCAGCUUUGUGACAAGCUAAUAUAAGCAUGUAUUAUUUUUCAUUAUUCGUAGUAUUUAACGUAUUAUGCUUCGUAACAUGUUCAGUGAUUAGUCACCGGGAAGUAUCAAGCUCUAUAGUGGACGAGAAAGCAUGCCAAGAUGUUGCAAUUAUUUGCCACAACUUAAGUGAAAAAGACGAUUUACUUAUUCUCGAAUGUUUAUUAUCCUCAAAUCCACACCAAGUUAAUCGUUUAAAUAGGGAAUGCAUGAAUAUUGUAUGGAGUAGAGUUAAUAACCUCACCAGUUCCAGUGGUGUAAAAGAACGACUGUUGCCGGAAUGCGGCAAGGAAUUAGAUAAGUUGCAGUGCCAAGAAAAUAAUUAUUUACAAUGUAUAGUGAAAAAUGUAAAUAAUAUACAAGAUCAAAAUUGUUACAGUACCAUAAAUCGCCUAGAAAGCAUCGCCUUUACUGACUACAAGUGGAUAGCAGACUUUUUACAUGAAUGUAAUCAAGAUAUUCAAAAAUUUCAAUGUGGAAUUAUUGAUGGAGAUAACUUUUCGCAAAUCAGAACAGUAGCAUGUUUGCAAAAUAAAAUUAUAGAAGUCACAGAAGAAUGUAGGAAGGAAGUGUUUCAUUUAUCAGAAUUGCAAUCAAACAAUAUUAAACUUGAUGCUCAGUUAUAUUUGGAAUGUAGGGAGGACUACCAGAGAUAUUGUUCCCAGUUUAAAGAAGGUACAGGAAGAGUAUUUCCCUGUUUAAUUAAACAGCUUCAUUUGGAUGAUUCAAAAUUAGCUUCAACUUGUAGACAACACUUACGUAGGAGAGAAAAAUUGAUAUCACAAGACUUUAAAGUUAGUAAAGGGUUGUUAAAAGCUUGUAAAGAUGAUAUUAAAAAGACCCAAUGCAAAAAAAGAGUGUCUAGUGAUAAGACUGUGCGUUUGGCACAAAUAUUGCUUUGUCUAGAAGACUUCAUAAGAAGUGAUUCAAAUAAUCCCAGAAUACACAUAAGUCCUGAGUGUGAGAGUGAGAUCCAAGAACAUAGGAAAAUGUUGCUUAAUGACUACAGCUUGUCUCCUGAGGUUGUGGAUAAAUGUAAGAAUGAAACAGCUAUAUUCUGUGAAGGGUACGGAGUUGGGGGAAAGACUUUACACUGUCUGAUGGGCCAUGCUAUGAACAUAGGAGAAAAGGAUACAGUAAAAGUUGGACAUCUAUGUAUGAGAGCACUUGAAGAUUUAAUUCAUAAUACGGACGCUGGCGAAAACUGGAACGUUGACCCGGUUCUACGUCAAGCUUGUGACCCAGUUGUCAAUCUAGCGUGCAAAAACAUACGCGGAGGCAAUGGUCGCGUUAUCUCCUGCCUAAUGGACAACAUGCGAUCGGACGUUAUGACGGAGGAUUGCGAAAGUGCCCUCCUAGAAAUACAGUAUUUUGUUGCCAGAGAUUUCGUCCUUGAUCCACAGCUGUAUCGAGCUUGCAGUCAAGAUGCGACCAAAUUUUGCCACUUUGUAGCGGAGCCUGAUAAUUCUGUAGGUCCCAGUUAUUCCAGACAAGUUUUGCCUUGUCUUUACAGACACGCUUAUCAAUCCCAAGAAUCUCUACAAAUCGACAAGGCGUGUAUCCAGCAAAUCAGGCGCGUGAUGCGACAAAGAGCCGUAAGCGUGAACCUGCAGCCCGAAAUAGAAGAAGCUUGUGUCAAGGAUUUGAGUUUCUACUGUCAAGACAAGUUAAAGAAAGGUGAGGAAAUACAGUGCCUUCAAGACCAUCUAGAAGAUCUAGAGGACAAAUGUCAGGAUAUUGUUGAAUCUUUUACCGAGAUGGAAGCUGAACGAGUGGAAUUGAAUCCUUAUAUUUCAAAGUACUGCAGUAAAAUUAUUGAGCCGCUUUGUGGAAAGGACGACGACGUAGUGGACUGUCUUAUUGAAAACAAAAACAAUCCUCAAGUAAAGUCAAUACCAAACUGUCGAGCCAGCAUUGAACAUUUCCAGAUUAUCUCACUGAAGGACUACAAAUUCACGUACAAGUUCAAGUUAGCUUGUAAAAGUCACGCGCAACGAUUGUGUGCCAAAGCCAGUACCAAAAGUGCCGUUAUAGAAUGUCUCAGCGAACAUAUCCUAAACGCUACUAUAAAGGGAGAUAAAGGCGUCAUACCAAAGGACUGCAAACAGCAGCUUAAAGCCCAGAUCUUUCAACAGAGGGAAAAGAUCGAUUAUGAUCCAGUGUUAAACAAUGAAUGCAAAGCGGACAUCAACAAGUUUUGUAAGAAUGUACAGUCGGGAGAAGCCCAGGUAUUGGAAUGUCUCCAAAUGGUACCCCAAGAUCAACUAACGCCUGCAUGCGGUAAACAUAUCUUCAAAAUCCAGAAACUAGAAAUUUUCGACAACAGUGUGGAUUACGCUCUCUUGACCAAUUGUGCUGGAGCCAUUGACCAAUAUUGUCCUAGAGUUCCCAAAGAAAACGUCUAUGAAUGCCUUAAGACGAACAAAGACGAAAAAGGAUUCAGCAAACGGUGUCGAGUUAUUGUAACCCAUCGACUGAUGGAACAAAACUCAAAUGCUCUUCUCAAUCCUUCUCUACAGAAAAACUGUCAGUUGGAUAUCAAUAAGUUUUGUAAAAAGGAAUUGCUCGGGCCCAGGAACGACAAAAAACCCGAAGAUUUGGUAAUAAAAUGUUUGAAAAAUCAAUUUAAGAUGUCCAAAUUGUCUAAUAAUUGUGAGCAGGAGAUGGCGGGAAUUCUUAGAGAGAGAGCCUUGAAUGUUAACUUGGAUCCCUUAUUGGGGCUGAUGUGUAAAAAUGAGAUAGAAAGAAUUUGCAAACUCGACGAAGACGAUUCUGGCUCUACAGUCGAAUGUCUGAAGAACGCUUUUAUAUCGAAACGUAUCCCAACUCGGGAAUGUCAGGUGGAAGUGGCAGCUUUAAUCGAAGGUUCUGAAGCCGACAUUCAGGCCGAUCCUCUAUUGCAAAGAGCUUGCGCCUUAGAUCUUUUGACCCACUGCAAAGAUAUAGAACAGGGAAACGGCAGAAAAAUAAAUUGUCUUAAGAGAGUAAUGGCUAACGCAGAACAAGAUUUGUCACAAGAUUGUAAAAUUAAAUUGAAGGAAAGGCUUGAGAUGUACAGAAAUGCAGCACAAGUGGUCGAAGUUCCGGCAGAUUUUCAAGGUUUAUACAGAACAGUGUCUGCAUCACCAUCAAAAAAUUACUUUGUGAUAGUAUUAUUUAUGAUAAUAGGUUCAAUAUUCUUCGUUGGUGUGUUCCUAGGGCGUUUCUCGAAGAGGAAAUACAGACUACUGAAAAACAAGUGACAUAUUAGGAAGAGUAGCCGAAUAAGUGGUUAUGUUAUGUUAUGAGGAAGAGUAAUAUAUCUUUAAAAAUAUUUUUAAAUAAAUUCAGUGGUUGUUUUUUC